CCAAGCCUUUCUGCAUUAGGAGUGAUUCCACUGACAAAUCUUGAAUAUCCAGCCUUGUCCCUCUGCCACACAGCCACACACCCAGGGCUGCAGGCCAGGGAUGGCUCCAUGAGAGCCCCCCUGCACCCGCCUGGCUGCUCCUGGCACUCUCAGACAGAACAAUUGGAGCUUAUUCCGGGUCCUGGAUGAAGGUUUGCCCAGAGCAGGAUCAAGGGUGGGUCCCCAUGUCCAGAGACAGCAAAUGUCCAACAGCAGCUCCAUCAGCCACUUCCUCCUGCUGGCACUGGCAGACACGCGGCAGCUGCAGCUCCUGCACUUCUGCCUCUUCCUGGGCAUCUCCCUGGCUGCCCUCCUGGGCAACGGCCUCAUCAUCAGCGCCGUAGCCUGCGGCCACCACCUGCACACCCCCAUGUUCUUCUUCCUGCUCAACCUGGCCCUCACUGACCUGGGCUGCAUCUGCACCACUGUGCCCAAAGCCAUGCACAAUUCCCUCUGGAAUACCAGGACAAUCUCCUAUGCAGGAUGUGCUGCACAGGUCUUUAUGCUUAUCUUCUUCCUUGGAUCAGAGUAUUUCCUCCUGACCAUGAUGUGCUACGACCGCUACGUGUCCAUCUGCAAACCCCUGCACUACGGGACCCUCCUGGGCAGCAGAGCUUGUGCCCACAUGGCAGCAGCUGCCUGGGCCAGUGGCUUUCUCUAUUCACUGCUGCACACAGCCAAUACAUUUUCCCUGCCCCUGUGCCAUGGCAAUGCCCUGGGCCAGUUCUUCUGUGAAAUCCCACACAUCCUCAAGCUCUCCUGCUCAAAUUCCUACCUCAGGGAACUUGGGCUUCUUGUGUUUUCCAUCUCUUUGGGAUUUGGCUGUUUUGUGUUCAUUGUUUUCUCCUAUGUGCAGAUCUUCAGGGCUGUGCUGAGGAUCCCCUCUGAGCAGGGACGGCACAAAGCCUUUUCCACCUGCCUCCCUCACCUGGUCGUGCUCUCCCUGUUCCUCAGCACAGCAUUCUUUGCCUACCUGAAGCCCCCCUCCAUCUCCUCUCCAUCCCUGGACCUUGCACUGUCAGUUCUGUACUCGGUGGUGCCUCCAGCCCUGAACCCCCUCAUCUACAGCCUGAGGAACCAGGAGCUCAAGGAUGCCCUGAGAAAAUUGGUGACUCUGUAUUUUCAGAAGCGUUAAACUCUCUUUUCUGCUGCAGUGCCUUUAGAAUGUAAUUCUACAAUCUUAGUCCUUUUCCCUCUAUUUGUCCACUUUUGCUUUGGUAAUUUUUCCUAUUCUUGCUGUGUUUUUUACAAAAUACUGUGUCAUUUCUCUUUGCAUUUCUUCAUGAAUAUCUAAUAUUUUUUGAAUGUCAAAGACUUGCAAGUUGUCUGUUCCCCAUGCAUUUGAAUAAAAAUAAGUGGCUACCCUGA